CAGAAUAAUUUGUGCUGUUCAAAAUACUGACAACAGCGAAACAGAUUUCUACUUUCUAAAUUGUACAAAUUUGUGGCAAAUCGAUCAAAACCAGCAACCUCCAAAUACAGAGCUCAAAAUUACUAUAUAUGGUCUUAAAAUAAAUGAACCAAAAGUUAUUUUAAGUAAUACAAUUAUAAUCAACAGUUCAGUACAUGAUAUGAGAUUAGAAAGUCACAGCGGACAUGGCCAAUCUCCAAUCUCAGUAGCGUCUGAUGAAUUGAAAUUCAACGUUGAUCAAAGAGUCGAUGAAAUGACCAAUGAAUCCAGUAUUAUAUUUACAUGUGAAGAUGUGCCACUACCAACAAGUAUUGAAUUUAAAUAUCACUACAUUCAGAUAAUACAAACAACAAGUACUACUAAUCAUGUAUCAAGCUACAAUGAAUAUGUUGAAUUGACAACCACCGAUAACAAUGAAAUACCAUGUGUCAAUCUACCAUCUAGAGAGGCUGUUAAAUACAAGAUUUAUAGAGUCUCUCAAUCUGGUAAUAGAUAUCAUGUGACUAAAACUUCUGACGAAUCAGAGUUUAUUACUCAUAAUACAAUGGUUGAUGUGAACAACUUACAUCGACUGGCGUUAUUAGCCAACGAAGUGACAUCCAUGCCCGUUCCUUAUCUAUUUCGAAAUAAACCUAGUACCCAUCCUACCAUAGAAGAAGCCAAAGAAACAGGAAUCAUGACUAAAUAUAUAAAAGAUAAUAAUGGAGACCAAGCUUCUUGUAUAAACAAAAAAAUUAAUGGAUUGUUCUUCAGUGCAACGGUUGAUAGACGUAUUCAUGAACCACCUGUGAGAAGUCCUUUUGGUGAUUAUCGUAUACUGGUUCCACCACAAUACCUAUUAAAAUUCAAUUCAAUUCCAGCAAAUAUUUAUUUUGCAGAUUUUUACUGCAAGAAACAAGGAGGACGCCAUCACAUCACUUUGGUAUUAACCAAACCUGGUAGCGCUGAAGAUGUCUACUGUAAACCUAGACUUCUUAAACUUGAUAUUAAUAAUAAUAAAUUCUUGUAUUAUGAUCGAAUAUGUGACCAGUAUUGUACAGACUCAUCCCCAAAUGUUGAGGUAUUGUACACAGAAAAUAUUGACCUCAAUGAAAUGAGAUCAAAAUUAGGUUUCCUAGAAAAAACUGUCAAAAGUACAGGACAAAGUAAACCAGAGGGGAUUCCAAAAAAUACUUCUUGCACCAUUUGUAAUCUCCCUAAAAAUCCUUCCAGAAUAUAAAGUUUUUGGCCAUUCUGAACAACUAGGAUGUAUUCCUGGCCAAAUCCUCUGUUUAUAAUAGGUGAUUAGAAAACACAAGAUACAAUCCAGAAUAUAAAGUUUUUAGCCAUUCUGAACGACUAGGAUGUAUUCUUUGCCAAAUCCUCUGUCUAUAAUAGGUGAUUAGAGGGUGAUAUCCGAUAUCGGCCCUAGGGAUGAUAUCAGAUAUCAACCUCUGGUGACGUCAUGACAGGUUUACAUCACUCUUAAAUGAAAAGGAACCCAAAUUCUUUUUCAACAUUUUAUUCACUUUUUUGUACAAUGCUGUCAAACGAUUCGGAAGACGAACGUUGCCAGGCCCAUGUUACUUAGUUUCUUCAUCUGACCAUCAAGAAUUUGUCUGAAACUCAAAUUCUGGAUUGUGUAGUAUAUCCGUAAAUGUAAAACUAUUCCCAUGACUAAAUACGGAAUUCGGUGGGCAAUAUUCAUCAUUUCAUUUAGCUUACUUCCGAGUAGAAUCUAGAUAUAAAAAAAAUAAGAUAUUAUAUCCUCAAAUCUUCUGGCGCACACAGGAUUUUUCGCUCACUAUCAUGUUUAUUAUUUCGCCACACUGACCAACUGUUAAAAAAGCUCACAGCCCACUGAUUUCUGUGUAAGGUAUUUAUGGGCAUGGCAUUGUUGGCACAUUCACUGACUUCUUGUCACUCGAAAUUGAAAAGCAUUUAUCAUUAAAAUUUGUAUCUCACAAUCCGAAAUAUCCGAGUGCAUUAAAUCCUUGUUAAAUAUAUUCUGCAUAUAAUUCUGCACUUCGAUUACGUUUAAAUAAUCCUUUGUCAGAAUCUAUGUUUUCUUUUUCAGCCAUAUUUUCUACAAACUGACUUGCGUGGAUCAGUCCGUCGUCUGAUUCGUUUGACAACAUAGCACAAAAUGAAUGCCAGUUUGUGAAUACGUGGUUACUCAAAUGUAAUGCACGUGCAACUUACAACUUGUUUUCUUAAUUUUGUCAUAUCAGUCGUAGGCCGAUAUGGGCUAAAGCAUUGUCUUAUAGGAUAGAUUUAACAUUGAUGUUGGUGUGUAAGACAAAUAUUAACCUAAUACCCUUGGUCGAUAUGUGAAAUAACCCACAGCCUCCCGCCUAGGGUUAUUUCACAUAUCAACCCUCGAUUAGGGUAAUAUUUAUCUCAUAAUCAACAUUGUUCUGCAAAUGAUCAGAACUCAUUGAAAAUCAAUUCGUCAAAAUCAAUCUGAUUAAAACACAGACCCUAUUUUGUUUUGUUUUUUAUAGUUCAAAAUUUCGCUUUACUUGUCUUUACUAUUCUAGGAUCUGGAAGAGUUGUUAUAUAAUAGGCGUUUUAUUGAUGUGAGGAAUUAGACAAUGAAACAGUCUGUUACAGCGAUUUCUUGGCGUUCUCUGCGCAGAACUGUGGGUAAACCCCUAGAAACUUCAAAGUUGAUUGAUUAAUCAAUAUCUGACGUCAUAGGGUCAAAAGCCGCUCGUUUGACCCCUGAUGCAAACUCCCAUUAUAACUUGUCAGAUCUUUAUGUAGUGUAGGCCAUCAAAAGUAUAAAAAAACAAAACGAAAUAUAUAGAUCUAUAUUUUAAUCAGAAUGCGUCAAAAUUGAAAAUCGAUUCUCUGUCUCCCUCUUGAUCUUCCAAGAGGAAUUGCAGAAAAUGCACUGACAAAAGGGGACAGCAAUAAUAUUAAUAAACACAUUCAUAUAUGGGUAAAUAAAAAUAAAUUCAACUAAUUUUGUUUUGUUUAACACUGUACAUUAUAUCUAAAUAAAAAUUGUAUGUACAGGUAAUUCCAAUUAUCCUUUUAUAUUGUAAAUAAAAAUAAAUUCAACUAAUUUUAUUUUGUUUUAAAUUGUACAUUAUAUCUAAAAAAAAAUUAUAUGUACAGGUAAUUUCAAUUAUCCUUUUAUAUUGUAAAUAAAAAUAAAUUCAACUAAUUUUAUUUUGUUUUAAAUUGUACAUUAUAUCUAAAUAAAAAUGUACAGGUAAUUUCAA